AUGGGCUCCAUUUUCGCUGCUCUUCUCCUUUGCCUUCUAUCUUAUCUCUACCUGCGGGUCUUUGCAGAUGACCUGACACGACCUUUUCAAAUACUUGCCAAGUUUUUCUCUUCCCAUCAACACCCGGCAUGGAAGCUAAGGCCUCGUUUCCUUCCAAAGGCCACAAGAGCGGCUCUAUCCAGCAUUGCCGGAACGGGAGAGGGACUUUGGCAACGACUAUAUGCGAGGACGUUCCAUGCACAAGAGUUAGCAGAAGUAGAAGAUGACGUGAAAUAUCAGGCUGGGGAGCCAUAUGGAGAUCCCGAUGUUCUUGCCACAGGCCUUGUCAAAGACCUCUCGGCUCUGGGACUCAAGGGCAAAAGAAACGAUCUUCGUACUUUGAUCCAAUUAGUGAAGGCUAAAGGAAAGCCGAUCGAUGAUCGCCAAAUGCUGAUGGAAAAAGUCAUCGCCAUCGUUUCGAUGUUACCGCGAACCUCCAAGUCCCGACAGAGGUUGACCGGCAUCCUGAUCGACCAGCUCUGGCAGAGCCUAGAGCACCCUCCGCUGUCGUACUUUGGGAAUAAGUAUCAGUAUCGCACUCCAGAUGGGAGCUACAACAACCCUUUAGAGCCUGACCUUGGCAAAGCAGGCAGUCCGUAUGCGAGAUCGGUGCCCCGGCUCAAGGCCCUGCACGGAGUGCAGCCUGAUCCUGGCCUUCUUUUUGACCUCCUCAUGGCCCGUGACGACACGACUUUCCGGGAAAACCCUGCAGGCAUCUCGUCGGUUCUAUUCUAUCAUGCAAGCAUCAUCAUUCACGAUGUCUUUUGUACGAACCGGCGCGACCCAAACAUUUCAGAUACCUCGUCAUAUCUGGAUCUCGCUCCUCUGUAUGGUUCCAGCUAUGAAGACCAGCUGAGGGUCCGCACUAUGCAACGCGGGAUGCUCAAGCCCGACACUUUUCACGAGAAGAGGCUGUUGGGUCAGCCCCCUGGUGUCAACGUUAUUCUUGUCAUGUACAAUCGUUUCCACAACUACGUGGCCGAUGUCCUGCUGAAGAUAAAUGAGAACGGGCGCUUCACUCUACCGCCAACAACAUCAGAGGACGCAAAGCGGAAGGCACUAGCUAAGCAAGAUGAAGACUUAUUCCAGGUGACUCGCCUUAUUGUGAAUGGGCUCUACGUAAACAUCUCACUGCACGAUUACCUUCGUGGACUGACCAACACUCAUCACUCGGCGAGUGACUGGACACUGGACCCUCGUGUGGCCGUGAGUCGAGCUUUCGACGCUGAUGGGGUUCCCCGAGGCGUGGGAAACCAGGUCUCUGCAGAGUUCAACCUCCUAUAUCGCUUCCACUCUGUUAUUUCCCGGCGGGAUGAACAAUGGACAAACGAGUUCCUGAAAAGUCUGUUUCCUGACCUCAAGAAACCACUGGAGCAACUUACACCACAAGAGUUAAUGCAAGGUUUGAUAAAUUACGAACGAAGCAUCGAUAAAGACCCCAGUAAGCGGGAAUUUGGUGGGCUGAAACGCAACCAGGAUGGGAGGUUCAAUGAUGCCGAACUAGUACAGAUCCUGAAGGACAGCAUGGAAGACCCAGCCGGACUGUUUGGAGCUAGGAUGGUUCCCAAGGCACUCCGCAUGGUCGAGAUUGCUGGCAUCCUCACUGCUCGCAAGUGGAAUCUCGCGUCCUUGAAUGAGAUGCGCGACUUCUUCAAACUAAAACGGCAUUCAUCAUUUGAGGACAUUAACCCUGAUCCUAACAUUGCCGAUCUCCUAAGGAAGCUGUACGACCAUCCGGACAUGGUCGAGAUGUAUCCCGGGAUCUUCUUGGAGGAUGCCAAACCUGCCAUGGAUCCGGGUUGCGGUGGAUGCCCUCCCUACACUGUUGGGCGAGCGGUCUUUAGCGAUGCAGUCACUCUCGUUCGAUCAGACCGAUUUUUGACUCUGGAUUACACUGCGUCUAACCUCACUAAUUGGGGCAUUCGGGAAGUUCAACAAGACUACGAUAUCUUGGGAGGCUCAAUGUUCCACAAAUUGAUCCAACGCGCACUGCCUGGAUGGUUCCCUUACAACUCGCUCCACGCAACCCAGCCAAUGUUCACCCGUAAAAUGAACGAACAAAUUGCGAAAGAGAUUGGAACAAUAGAUAGAUACAGUCAAGAGGAUCCAAAACCGCCACCCCGUACGGUCAUGCUCGCCAAUCAUGCCACCAUCAUUGAGGUAUUGAAAGACCAGGACACAUUCCGCGUCCCAUGGGCCCGAUAUCUCAAUGAUAUGAUACCGGGCAAGAGGUUCAAUGACUAUAUGUUAGGAGGAGACGGUCCGGUUAAUGCAGCGCAAAAGAAGCUCGUCAAGUCCAUUCUGUUUAGUCCGGAUCAGUUCAACCAAUUGCUUUCGCAGACGACUGUUAGGCUAGGCAAAGAGCUUCUAGAACUGAACGCCCUGCAGCUGUCCAAGGAUCUGAAUCAAGUCGAUAUCAUUCGAGACGUUGCUAUCCCCCUCAAUGCAAGAAUAAUGGCGGACCUCUUCUGCCUGGACAUGAAGACCCCGGAAAAUGAAUCCGGCAGCAUGAACGCAGCAACGGUGUACAAACACCUCAUGAAUGUCCGCACUUGGGGCUUUAACAACACCGACCCAGGAUUGAUGUUGCAACGCAGAAAAUGGGCCUCUGAAAGCGCCGAGGCCCUUGUCAAGACUACUCUCAAGGUCGUCAACGAACAAGCCCAGCCGCAGAAAACCCGCAUGCUUGGAAAGUUGACUGGCUAUCAGCAGUCGGAAGUCAGUACCCUGCGUUGGUAUGGAAACAACGUAGUCAAGCAAAUGAUGGAGAUGGACAUGACUGCGGCUGGAACAGCGGAAGUUUGCUGGCUUACAGCAGUUGGGGGUGUUGGAGCACCUGUUGGACUGAUCGCCGACGUCCUACAAUAUUACCUCCGACCGGAAAACAUCGACCACUGGAAAAGGAUCCAGAAUCUCGUUUCCCAACCGGACAACAGUGGCUCCAUCGACAAGCUUCUCCGACAAUACGUGCUCGAAGCGCAACGUCUAACCAGCAUGGAAUGCACCGUUCGCGUCUGCAAAGCCCAUCGCACCAUCAAUGAUCAGGAAUUCAAGCCAGGCGACGUAGUCAUCACUCUCCUCGGCCCAGCCUGCCGCGACCCAACCAGCAUCCCCGACGCGGAAACAUUCAAGCUCGACCGACCCUCAAACGCAUACAUCCACUUCGGAUACGGCGCUCACGAGUGCCUCGGCAAGGAAAUCGGAUUGACAUUCGCUGUCUCCAUGCUCCGCGUCCUAGCGGGGUUGAAAUACCUCAGACCAGCACCAGGCGACAUGGGAAUGCUGAAAAGUAUCAUCGUCGAUGGAAGACGGGUCUACUUGAAUGAUAGUUGGUCGUGGAUGACUCGGGAUCCGACUAACGGCGGAAUUGGCAUGUCGACUCAGUAUUCGUUCGGACAGCAUCAUCACCAUCAGUAUCAUGAGAUAACUAGGACGUCUUCGUCGUCGUUGCCUUCUAUGCUUGGGGAUGAUGAAAGUUAUGGGAGGUUUUCGGGGACUUUGAAUUGA